AUGACCCCUAGUGUGAUGAAACCAAGACAGCAUUAUUCUCUCGGUGAUCUUCAUAUUGAUAUUGCCAUGAGUCUUUUUGAAGAUUUUUCUAACAGGAAGCAGCCAAGAUAUUCUGGAGUGCAGCUAAUUACAGCAGCAGGUUCAAGUCAGCAUCGGAGCAUAAAGUUGGAUAGACCCCGUGGACGGUGUAAAUGGUGUGCCAAAGAAGGCAAGAGGAAAGAUGUUACUUAUGGUUGUGACAAGUGUAUGGUUCAUCUUUGUCAGGGUGCUUGUUUUCAGGCAUACCAUGUGCAUAAUCAGCUUCUAAUUUUGUAA